AGGGAGACUUAACAGAAUUCCCAGUCUAAGUAUUCACAGGGAGGAAGAAGAGAGCUCUAAUCAGGCAGAAGUGAGGGAAAGUGUCUGAUUUCGACCCCUCCACCUCAGCCAUUCAGAGAACACCAGGAUGUCAGGGGGUUGCCUCAGACUCCUAUUCUGUGCCCUGUGCAGCUUUCGAGCCAUCCAAGCCUUCCCCAAUGCUUCCCCCCUGCUCAGCCUUGGCUGGGGGGGCCUGACUCACCUGUACACGGCCACAGCCAGGAACAGCUUCCACCUUCAGAUCCACAAAGAUGGCCACGUGGAUGGGUCUCCUCAUCAAACCAUCUAUAGUGCCUUGAUGAUCAGAUCAGAGGAUGCUGGGCUAGUCAUAAUAACUGGUGUGAUGAGCAGGAGGUAUCUCUGUAUGGACCUCAGGGGCAACAUCUUUGGAUCGCAUUUCUUCAGCCCAGACAACUGCAAGUUCAAACACCAGACACUAGAAAAUGGAUAUGACGUCUAUCACUCUCCACAGAACAACUUCCUGAUCAGCCUUGGCAAGGCAAAGAGGGCCUUCCUGCCAGGCAUGAACCCACCUCCUUACUCCCAGUUUCUAUCCCGGAGGAACGAGAUCCCCAUAAUCUACUUCAAUACACCCGAACCCCAUCGGCACACCAGGAGUGCUGAGAACAGUCCUGACUUGGACCCAAUGAAUGUGCUGAAACCCCGACCAAGGGUGACUCCCUGCUCCCAGGAACUCCACAGCGCUGAAGAGAACAGUGUAGUAAAUGAUGACCCUUUAGAAGUACUCAGAAAUAGCAAUCGGCUGAAGCCCUACCCUGGUAGGAUGAGUUUGGAAAGAUGCCUCCAUGUCCCCAAGGCUGCUUAAGCAGACUACAAUAAAAUCCCUUUUAACCAUCCCUGAUUCAUCUUGUUAGCAGCUAGCCCAUCUUUAAAGGGCCCAGAACUCUUUAAACCUUAAAGAACAAGGGAGAGAUCAACUUUCUUCCCCUUUCCUAUCUUAGGACCCCCAUGGGAAUUAAACCUGGAAUAGUGUGCUAAGACUUAUGACCUCAUCCCUAGCCUAAGUGGUAGAGUUCUGUUCUCUUCUGCAUCCCUGCACCCGACAUUCCAAUCAAGACCCUAAUGUGGAUGGUCUCCCUUCAUCUUCAAUCAACUGUUAGAGGCUUUGCCUUCAACAAGUUUUGACAUAUUAAUAGCAUCACUCCUGUGGCUUCCUCCAGUUUAAGAUGAAGGAUGGAAGAUGCUGGGUGGUAGAGAAGUAUACUGGCUGAAAAAUAAGACUCGGUCCUAGCGUGGACAGCCAAACUUUGUCCAACUUGAAGCCAACCUUUGCUCUUCUGCGUUUAUAACCCUUUCGUCGUGCUCUUCCUCCUUUGCAAAUCAGGAUGAGAUCUGUAAGCCUAAAAGUCCUUUGGCUCCCCAACCCCACAGAUAAUCUUGAGAUAUUACCUUAUAAACAGCCACUUCUCUAUUUGCUUAUGACAAGUUACUAUCCUGAUGAGGUAAACCUUAAAUUCACUUAUCUUACUCCUUGAGCCCCUUCUAAGAGGCUCCCUUUGGGAGGUGUUUUUAAAAGAUGAGUGAAAAUUGGUUAAUAUUGAAAAAUUAUAUCCAUGGUUGGUACCAAGAAGGUACCAGCAAACAUACCACAGUUCCCUGAUAGAGUAACAUACAUUGCCAUUCAUUCCUUUAUUACAUCAUAGGCUAGGCCAGGGGGUCAUGUCCAAGCUUAGUAAAAGUCAGGCAAAGAUAGAAGCUAAAACAUUUCCUGUCUUGAAAAUCAAAACACUCUAUGCACUUUUUGGAGGAACACUGGACCUUCGUAUUUUACCAGUCUACUAAUUUUUUUUUAAGCUGACCUUAAUUUGAGGCCAUUCAGUUCAGUCUACAGCUUCCCACUGCAAUAGGAAUAAAUGUGAACUCUUCAGAGAAGUCUUUAACAAACUUCCUCAUCCAGGGUUAGCAAUACCAUUCUGGAUGGCCAUAAAAAUGCUAAUGUGUACAGGGAGAAGCCGUUCAAGGUUUUCUAUGGCUCUGCAGAUUUCUCUUUCUCAAUAGCCAAUUUCAGUCUUGAAGUUGUUCUCUGAGUUCAGACCAGGCUGUGUAUCUCUGAUUCAAUUUAGUUCAUCAAAAAUUUAUUAAAUGACUCCUAUUUGUAAGGUAUUGUUCUAAGCCUCAGGGAUACAAAAGCAAAAGGAGUUUAAAUUCUAUUGGUAAUCAGUGGGAAAUCUGGAGAGAGUCAAAGAGGACAAGGGAAUAUAAGA